CCGAAGGGCAACGGAAGGGAGAUUUCGGAAUCGGCGAGUGAAGAAGGAAAAGAAGAAGCUCGAAAAUGGUGGAAUCGGAAUCCUCAUCGGCGGCGGAGUCCCAGUCCUUUCUCCGGCAACAUUGGAACGGGUGGAAAGAGUUCUGGGCUGAUAGGUUCUCUUUCCUCGAGAACUACUCGAGGUUCACCAACCGCGACAAGCCUCUCCCUUCUUGGUCUUCCUCCGAUGUCGAGGAGUUCAUCGCCUCCGAUCCUGUUUAUGGCCCCACUCUGAAAACAGCAAGGGAAGCAGCCAACUAUGGUGCUGUUGGAGGUGUUCUUGGCGCUGUAUCAACUGGUGCUUUCGCCUGGAAAUACUCAAGAAGCCCUCAUGGUGCUGCACUGGCGUUAGGCGCGGGAGCUGUGUUCGGGUGGACGUUUGGUCACGAAAUAGCGAACCACUCUCUGCAACUCUACAAAUUGGACACAAUGGCGGCUCAGGUUAAGUUCUUGGAAUGGUGGGAGCGUAAGAGCCAAUGAAAGCUUUUUCAAUCUGAAGGAAUGCUUCACUUUCUUCACAAUAAUCUCCACUGCAUCUUGUCGGAAAACGGCUUGGCGGUGAUAUCUUCUUUUCCCACCCUCGUUUUUUUUUUCCUGUUUUGGGUUUAUCGAAAAUCAGAAUUCAAUGUACUAUAAUAGCAUGUUUUGUAUUGUGGUCGGAAUAAUGAGAACUGGUUCAAGUGUUCCAGCAAUUUGGGGGAAGUGGAUCAUGAGGGGUCUUAAGUUUUCAGUGUGUUGAACCUCAAACCUGUUUCCAAGAUAAUACAUUCGCUUGUUUCUCAUGCUU